UUGCUAUUGUGAAUAUUCAUAUGCUUUUAUGUUUUUUGUCUUUACAGGAGUAGGCAAAGCAGUGUGGAGGAUUUUUUCAUGAAAAGAACCCGAGACUUUGCACACCCCAGGAGGCUAGUGUGUAUACAGACAGCAUUAUCUCAAUCAUUGUAAAGGACAUGAGGCCCCUUGCUAUUGUUGAGGGUGAAGGAUUCCGUGAAAUGGUAAACACCUUCCAUUCAGGAUACAGACUUCCAUCCAGGCACCACUUCACUUUUUUGAUGGAGAGGAAGUAUGCGUCUACCAUGGACAAAGUAAAAAUUGAACAAAAAAAAUGCACAUCCAAACUCUCACUGACUACUGAUGCUUGGACAAGUGUUGCCACUGAGGCAUACUUAGGUGUCACCUGCCAUUUUAUGAAUGAAAAUUGGGAGCUGAGCUCAUUCAGCUUAACUACAAUGCCACUUGAGGAGCGCCACACUGCUGGAAAUAUUGCCUCCUGGGUGGAACUGGUGGCAGAGAAACUCGAUAUCUCUCUUCAAGAUAAUGUACUGGCGAUUGGGCAUGAUAGCGCUGCCAAUGUUGUGGCAGCUCUUCGCAUCCUACAGGACAAACAUGAGGUAGCGUCACAUCAUUGUGCUGGCCAUACACUUCAGUUGGUGGUCAACCAUGCCUUGGAGAAGAAUCCCAUGAUUGACAAGACACUCGGGGCUGCACGGUGCCUUGUAAAGCAUUUCAAGAAGAGUGAGCUGGCUAGCAGUAAGCUUAAACAGAAACAAAAACAAUGGGGUACAGCUGAGCAUACACUGAUCCAAGAUGUACCUGUGAGAUUGAACAGUUCCUACUAUAUGGUGAAUCGACUUUUAGAACAGCGGUGGCCGGUGGUCGCAACCCUUUCAGACCCAGAAGUCACACAGCGUGGGAAGCACUACCUGGAUCUGAAAAAUGACCAGUGGACUUUACUGGAGGAAUUGGAGCAGGUCCUCAAGCCUCUUGAACAGGCCACUGUUUUUCUUAGUGGAGAGGCCUACGUUACCAUCUCUGUUCUACCUCCACUGAUAGAGGGUCUGCAGAAGUCCACCAAGAAAACAACAUACGAGUCUGCUGCUGUGAACUCGUUCCAGAUUGCUGCAGAACAACAGAUAAAAUCAAGGUGGGAGUCUGAGUCAGCUUUCAGAGAGGGCGGACAAAAUGGGUCCAUCAUUGCUGCAGCCCUCGACCCCCGCUUUCACAAGCUGAAGUUUCUGUCGCCCGAAGAUGCUCUGAAGGUGCAAGUAAGAAUUCAGGCUCUUGCGCUUGAUAUCAAAAGAGCCAAGCUGGCAGGGAUUGAGCAGGGGCACUCAGCCAGUCCCCAGCAGAAGAACACAUCCAGGUCUGUGCUGGACACUUUGCUUGGCUCGGACUCUGAGGGGGACUGCAGCAAUGAGGAGGACAAUGGCCAGGAGGACAGUGGUGUGAGUGAAGCGGUGGGACCGAUGAGGAUGUGGCAAAUUGAAUUCGCCUGAGGAGAGAGAAGGACCACCUCUUCUCCGGAAAGCGCUUUGCCUCAGCAACAGGAUGGGAUAUGCAGAGCUGUGCUGAAAGAGAUGGACCUGGCUGGCCCCAUAACUCCUGCUAGAGCAGCUAAGAAGUGUGAGAACCUGAUGAAAACAUACAAGGAGCUCAGGAAGCCACCGACAGGGAGUGGGACUGAAUCAGGGCAGUCCACUGCUGCGACCUGGAAGUGGUUCUCUCCCAUGGAUGAGGCAAUAGGUGGAAGGCUAUAGUCCAAAAGGCUGCAAUUCACACUAAUCCACAAAUGUUACAGCUCUGAUAUCAAGACAUCUUUGUGUGGAGACAUGCCUCACUCACUCCUCACACUCCCUCUCCUUGUCCUCUUGAUACUUCUGCAAGAACCGCUGCCUCUCCUGAUGCAUCAUCUCAAGCCUCUUGGUGAGACUCUCCCUUGACCUGAAAUGAUGCAGUUGAGAUUCAUUCUUUGGUGAGGGACAAAGGAAACCACAGGAGAAUUAAGGAUGCAGCCCUCCAAGCCAUCCAAACAAAUGUUGCUGAGACUGUUGACCUCAUCCAAUUUAUUCCAUGUGUGUGAUAUUGGCCGUGAGAUAUUUUCACCAUCAAUUUACUUUGAUAUUUCUUAAAGCCAUUGGAGUUUACUGCUAUAUCAACAGUCACAUGUAUAUUAGAAGAAGCAAAGUCUACAAAACUCACGCCCUUAAUUAAUGUUACUGCACAUUUUAUGCAGAUUGUUUUUUCAAGUGUAUUGUCUCUUUCUACAUGCCAUCUAUAAACUGUUUCACUUGCUAUCUGAAUCCCUUUUGGACCACGGGGUGGCUUAUUAAUAUUAGUUCAGUAUUUCUGUUGCUAAUUGUAGCUACUUAAAUGUUUCUAUAUGUGCAAAAUGUUCAGGUAUUGUUGUAUUUAUGCUCUCAUUGUAGCAUUCAUUGACUGAAGUUCCACAAAACACUGUUUGUUUAGUAACAUUGUAUU